AGUUUGACAUAUGUCAAUAUUAAAAAAAGUAACAAUGUUUAUUACUUUCGUUUGUUAUUUCUAAAAUAUUAAUACGAAGUCAACUUAUAUUCAAUUACGGUAUUAAUAAAAUUUACACAAUAUGGCAGAUGUUAGAGAUAUAAUGGAAUUGGAGAGACCUCCAACGCCCGAAAUAACCAGAGAAUCAAUUUUAGGAAAUGAUAAAACUAAAAAGAGAUUUCCGCCGGGGCCCAAAGUUUCUAAACGUCCCGAGGGAAUGCACAGAGAAGUAUUCGCUUUACUAUAUAACGAUAAUAAAGAUGCACCUCCACUUUUCCCUUCUGAUACAAUUGGAAAUAAUGGUUAUAAACAAACUAAAAUCAAAUUGGGAAUGAGGAAACCAAGGAAAUGGAUGUGGAUGCCUUUUACUAAUCCAGCUAGAUCUGAUAACGCCACAUUUUACCAUUGGAGAAGACCAUCGGAUGAACCAAAGGAAUACCCAUUUGCAAAAUUCAAUAAGAAAGUCGAUAUACCAAAAUAUACUGAUCAAGAAUAUAAUCUACAUAUAAAAUGUGAAGGGUGGACGAAAGAAGAAACAGAUCAUUUGAUGGAUUUGGCUGAAAGAUUUGAUUUGAGGUUUUUGGUGAUGGCCGAUCGAUACGACAAACAAUUUCCGAAAAGAUCCGUCGAGGAUUUAAAACAAAGAUACUACAAAAUCUGCGGGAUUCUAUAUAAACUCAAUGGAGAUAAAAAAGUGUACACUUACGACGCUGACCACGAACGUAGAAGAAAAGAGCAACUAAAAAAAUUGUACGAAAGGAAACCUGAACAAAUUGAGGAAGAACAAUUUCUAUUGGGCGAACUCAAAAAAAUCGAGGCCCGCAAAAAGGAAAGGGAAAGGAAAACGCAGGAUCUUCAGAAGUUGAUUAGUCAAGCUGAUAGUCAAAGUGAUGCGCCUAAAAGGAAUGAAAAAAAAUUACCAAAGAAGAAAAUUACAAAUCCUUCGAGACCGUCCAGGAUUGAUACAAAUCAUAUUUUACAGGCAUUAGAAAACGCAGGUAUCAAAUUUCCCGAUUAUAAAAAUAGUGGAGUGUCUUUAAGAUCCCAAAGGAUGAAACUUCCGGCAAACGUUGGACAAAAGAAAUCCAAAGGGAUAGAACAGAUUCUUCAAGAAAUGGGUUUAGAAUUAAAUCCCACACCUUCCGAUGAAAUAUGUCAGCACUUCAACGAACUCCGCAGCGAUAUGGUUCUAUUGAUGGAGAUAAAAGGGGCUUUGGUUACUUGCGAAUACGAGUUACAAUCUUUGAGACAUCAAUACGAAGCUUUAAAUCCUGGAAAGAGUUUAUCAAUCCCGCAACAACUUACCUCUAAUACCGAAGUCGAAUCUAAACUCAGUACUAGUGAGAUUAUUGAUGUUGUAGGAUCCCCGGAUACUUCAUCUAACGCCUAGCUAAUGAAAGCGAUUAGAAUUUGAAUGUUUUUAGUGUACGGUUCAUUUGAACUACUGCUUACUACAACAUUUAAUAUAUUUUUUGUUCGGUUCAUUUGAACUAUUGCUUACUACAACAUUUAAUAUAUAUUUCUCAUUCGGUUCAUUUGAACUGCUUUUUACUACAACAUUCAAUAUUAUACUGUUUAAAUGGUGUUUUUUUGUAGUGGUAUGCGUGCUUAGUGUUAUACAGGUUCGUUCAAAAUAAAACUUUUGAUAAUUAA